CAUGGAGCCUUUGGAUCAAGCAGUGGUCGUGGAGAAGAAAGUUGGAAGAGGGCUCCAGAAAGCCAAGAUCACAGCACUAUUCGCCAGCAGUAGAGGUGGACGGGGGGAGCCGUCAGGGAAGCUAACGGAUGUUUUACAACUCCCGGACAAAUCCAAAAUCACUCAGUGUCUUCAGAAAGCCAGAAUCACUGGAAUUUUCCUACAAGCUGGAGAACGUUCCGAUAUAAACUCAAGACGGGUGGAAGACAGCCAGAUCGACUCAGGCUCUCAGUAUGAUUUGGAUUCUUUAGUGCCUACACAUGAUGAACAAGGACGUCCGAUCCCAGAGUGGAAGAGGCAAGUCAUGGUGCGGAGGUUGCAGUCACAUCUGGAAGAAGAAGCCAAACAGGAUGAAUGGAAAUAUUCCCGUGCUCGUAGUGCCAUGCUGGGCCCAUAUGGUGAGCUUGUGACCGAGGAGGAGCUACGCAUGUUUGAUGGACAGAUGGAAGGAUUGCGCCGUCGCAGAGAAUGUCAGCAAUAUGAACAAGAGCUUAGUCGCCAGGUGGAGCAACUGCGAUCCCUACUUCCAACACCUCUGAUCAAUGUGAGCCUCAACACCCAGCUUCUACAGCAAAGAGAGGAUCAAGAUUGGUGUACUUGUAUGUCAAAUGUGGUCAACAGUAUGAACCAGCUUCUUUCUUCUAAUAGUUCAACUUCAGGUUUGUCACAGGACACAGUGAAAGCACGUCGGAAUCGGUCACCUUCACCUUCUCCAAUGAGAGAGUUGCUGCAAUGUGGUGUCUCAGUGCGAAGAUUAAAAGUUCAGUUUGAAAAACAACAGCAACCACGUAACCAGUUACAUGGAAAACCUUGCAAAGUAAAAACAGACAUAGAGGAUACAAGUGAUUCAGGAGUAAGUUCAGAAGAACCUCCUUCUCUCAGGGACUCUCCUGUACCACCUCGGACAUUAAGAAAAGAACGCAUUGUUCUUUUGUUUCUAAGCCACUGGAAGAGAUCUGUAUAUUCUCUGCAUAGAAUAAGGGAUUCAUGUAACAAUGGGACAUGCAAGGAUUCACUAAGUUCGAAUGAUGACCAUAAUAAGAAAAAAAGUGUUGAAGACAACAAAAAUAGAGACAGAAACAAUCUCGGAGCUGAAACAAUGAAUGGAAAUUCUCAUGAGAGAAAACAAACAGUGGAAACCUUUCAAGAGGUUUCAAAUGAUAAUGGGAAUACUGUUUUAUUCAAUAAUACAGAAAACACGAAUGAGAUUGCAACAAAUGGGCAAGAUUCACUGGAGGGUGAGUUCUCCCCUCGUAUUGGUGGAAUUUUAAAUCAGUUGAUGAGACAAAGAACUACUGUCCAGCGCUUGAUUGGAAGUUGGAAAUCGGUAUCACAAAAUGCCCCACAAUCUUCUGGAAACCAAUCUGUUAUUCAAUCUCCUGAACAUUUUCUAUCAACAACUCCUAGAAAUACAUCUUUGAAUCAUGACAGUCUUACACUCGAUCUUUUCAUGCUAGGAUACUUCAGACUCCUCGAACAAGACCUUCCAGAGGAUGAAAGACGUAUGAGGCAUCUACUCUGUUUUGAAGUUUUUGACCAGCUUGGACGUCAUGGUUGGCCAACGGCUAGAGACUUCCACUGCACUGUCUUACAGGAGAUAGCUACUGGGCGUAGGACAUGGUCUGAUGGAUUUGAUGACAUCAAAUCCCGCUUUUUUGGACCUGGUACAGAAAAGAAUGAAGAUAGAAUCAGUAACCAACAAGUAUCAGAUUCCAAUGAUGUAUGUCAGUGUAUCGAGAGGAGCUUUACAUUUUGGAAAGAAAAAGAGUCUGAAAUAUUUGAAACGGAGCCAUAACCAAUUAACUGUGAAAUAUUGCAAUGUACAAAGUUUAUAAAUUCCUGACACCUGAAAACUAUCUCACAAGAUGGGCUUCUUGUCUUUGUAUAGAUUAAAUCUGAAGAAUAACAACUUUUGCUGCAAACGUUGGGAAAAUUAUUGAUCAUGCAUUACUAUAAAAAUUCAAACUUUCAAUCUGAACUCAUAAAAUUUAGUAAAGACACAAUGUCCUUCUACUUCUGUUGCACUACUUGUGGCAUAGCAAUAUCAGUAGUAAAUGAAGCACAGCAUGGGUUUAGAAAAUUCAAAUUUUGAUUACUUAUUUUAUAGUUCAAAGUUAAAAGCUUUCUAUGUGUGUGGCUUCCCAUUAACAUGCUAUGGCAAAAGGCGGCGAGGUACACUCAUAAAACCUUUAAAGCAUUGAAAGUGCAGACAAACCUGCAUAGAAAAGAAAAUUGGUUAUUUAAAUCAAACAAACAAACAAAACAACCAACCAACCACGAAUGUCAUUGUUUUAUCAGUUCAAAAGGAAAUUUCAAUGUCAAAAAGAAAAAAAGUUGUUUUAAAAUAGAUGAUUGUACGUAGGAGAAAAGGUGCUUUUGUUGUUGGUUGCCCUAAAUUCUAUAUAUCUUAAUAAUGAUAUGUC